UACGCUUUGCAUUAACUCCUUUGCUGCCACAUCUUCUCCCACCUGUUCCCUUCCUCUUCUUCACCUUCUCAUCUCUCUCUCUCUCUCUCCCUAUCUCCUUUUUUGACUCUAUCUCUUUUCUUUUUCAUCCUUAACCUCAAAGUAUUCUUCUUAAAUUCUAGUCACCAGAAAAGUGUUUAAUUUGAAACUAAAAAGGUAUCUACAUGUUCAGUCUCAAAAAAGUAGUUGUUUUCCCGUAACCCUUUGCCUGAAAACCAGAUUAACCAUUUUCUCUCUUUUAUCAAAACCCUAAUACUUCUAAGAAAAACAUGCUCUUGCUUUUCUCACAAGGCUUCAACGGCUAAAGAGAAAUGCUAGUGAAGUUGGACUUUACCGAGAUACUCGCGGACGUUAUUUCAUAUACGAGUACCUAAGUUUGAAAAAAUAAAAACAGUGAAAAAAAUUAAGCAGUUUUUGAAUUCACACUGCGUCAACUCUGUAUUUGUUUCUUUUGCUAAAUUUUGUCAUUUCACUCUUUUUCUAUGGUUGACUUGCAAGAACCGAGACAUUUCUUCCUUGUUGCUUGCUUCUGAAUUUUCCCAUUAUUUUUUUUUCCUUAAAAGAAUCUAUAAAAAGACUCUAUGCCCUAUCCUUUCUAACCAGUAGUAAAAACCAAACACACAAAAAACCACCUAGUAGUACUACACAGAGAUAUCUACAUAUAUAGAAAGACAAGCAAGAGAGAAAUUGUUUUAUGGCUUGAAGGGCUUAUGUCAUAUAUGGCAAGUGGUGAAAAGUCCACUGCCAUGAAGUUUCCAGCAGGCUAGAGGUAGCAGGUAUUCAGUAAAAAUUAAAAGUCAUUAAUUAGCUUUGCAAGAAGGAAAAGUUAUCAAGAUGUUUCAGCAAAACAUGUUCGAUAGCCACAAUUUUUUGCUUGAUAUGAGCCGUAAAACACCAGAAAACGAGCUGGAUUUAAUUCGAGAUGAUGAAUUCGAGAGCAAAUCGGGUGCUGAUAUCAUGGAGGCCCCAUCUGGAGACGAUCAAGAUCCUAAUAAACGUCCCAAGAAGAAGCAAUAUCAUCGACACACUCAGCAUCAAAUCCAGGAAUUGGAAUCGUUUUUCAAAGAAUGUCCUCAUCCUGAUGAUAAACAAAGAAAAGACCUGGGGAAAAGAUUAGGGUUAGAGCCUUUGCAAAUCAAGUUUUGGUUCCAAAACAAACGUACUCAGAUGAAGGCACAGCAUGAACGACAUGAAAACACACAAUUGAGGAAUGAGAAUGACAAACUUCGUGCUGAAAAUAUAAGGUAUAAAGAAGCACUUAGCACUGUUUCAUGUCCAAAUUGUGGAGGGCCUGCUGCCAUAGGUGAAAUGUCAUUUGAUGAACAACACUUGAGGAUUGAAAAUGCUCGUCUAAGAGAAGAGAUUGACAGGAUAUCUGGGAUUGCUGCAAAAUACGUUGGGAAACCAAUACUAACUUAUCCACAACUUCCUUCACUUGGACCACCAACACGUUCACUUGAUCUUGGUGUUGCAGCAGCAAAUCUUGGUCAUCAUCAAUUAGGAGAAAUGUACACUAAUACUGCUGGUGAUCUUCUUAGAUCAAUUUCUGGUCCUACAGAUGCUGAUAAACCGAUAAUUAUUGAAUUAGUUGUUGCUGCAAUGGAGGAGUUUAUUAGAUUGGCUCAAAUUGGAGAACCUUUGUGGAUUCAAAGUUCAGAAAAUUCUAAUGAGGUUUUGUUAAAUGAGGAGGAAUAUGUUCGGACAUUUCCUCGAGGGAUUGGACCAAAGUCACUGGGUUUAAAAUCUAAAGCCUCAAAGGAAUCUGCUGUUGUUAUCAUGAAUCACAUUAAUUUGGUGGAAAUUUUGAUGGAUGUGAACCAAUGGACAAGCUUUUUCACCGGCAUAGUGUCAAAAGCAACGAUUUUGGAAGUCUUGUCGACUGGCGUCGCAGGAAACUACAAUGGAGCUUUGCAAGUGAUGACAGCUGAGUUCCAAGUUCCCUCACCACUUGUUCCAACUCGUGAAAACUAUUUUGUGAGAUAUUGUAAACAACAUGCUGAUGGAACUUGGGCAGUGGUUGAUGUUUCCUUGGACAAUUUGCGCCCUAAUUCAGUGUCACGCUGUAGACGAAGGCCAUCUGGUUGUUUAAUUCAAGAAUUGCCAAAUGGUUACUCCAAGGUUACGUGGGUCGAACAUGUUGAGGUGGAUGAUAGAGCUGUCCAUAACAUCUAUAGACCUCUUGUGGAUUCAGGCCUGGCAUUUGGUGCAAAAAGAUGGGUAGCAACAUUAGAUAGACAAUGUGAACGACUUGCAAGUGUAAUGGCCAGUAACAUCCCAACUGGAGAUGUGAUCACAAGUCCAGAAGGUAGAAAAAGUAUGUUAAAACUUGCUGAGAGAAUGGUGAAUAGCUUUUGUGCUGGUGUUGGUGCAUCAACUGCUCACACAUGGACAACAUUGUCUGGAAGUGGUGCUGAUGAUGUUAGAGUUAUGACCAGAAAGAGCAUAGAUGAUCCAGGCAGGCCUCCUGGAAUUGUGCUAAGUGCAGCAACUUCAUUUUGGCUGCCUGUUUCUACAAAGAGAGUUUUUGACUUUCUUAGGGAUGAAAAUUCUAGAAAUGAGUGGGAUAUUCUUUCAAAUGGUGGCCUAGUUCAAGAAAUGGCACAUAUUGCAAAUGGUCGUGAUUCUGGCAACAGUGUCUCUCUACUGCGUGUUAAUAGCGGAAACUCAAGCCAGAAUAAUAUGCUGAUACUCCAAGAAAGCUGCACCGAUUCCACAGGAUCCUACGUUAUAUAUGCACCGGUCGAUAUUGUUGCCAUGAAUGUGGUGUUAAAUGGUGGUGAUCCUGACUAUGUGGCUCUUUUGCCUUCUGGUUUUGCAAUACUCCCUGAUGGUUCUACUAGUACUACUCCCUCUCAUGGUGUGGUAAAUCCAGGGACUAAUAAUGCUGGCGGUUCGUUACUCACUGUUGCAUUUCAGAUUUUAGUUGAUUCAGUACCAACAGCAAAACUUUCCCUUGGAUCAGUUGCAACUGUUAAUAGUCUCAUCACCUGCACUGUUGAAAGGAUCAAAGCUUCUAUAGGGCGCGAAAAUGCAUAACCAAUAUCUAAGUUAAAUUUCAAAAGGAGGAAAAAGGAAAAGAAGGAUGAGUUUACAUAUAUUUGUAGUUGAGGAGAAGGGAAGGAGUCAAGAACGCACCUCAAGUAAUAGGUUCGGGUAUUGACUUCAUCAUUAAUGAAAUUAAUUUUGAUGUAAACAAAUUCCUUCUUUUGUUUCUUUGAAUUCCCAUCAGUCAAAUCAUGUUUAUUUUCUUGUUAGUUUUGGUUUCAGUUUUACUUAAGGAGAAGGUCCUUUGGGUAUGUAGGAAGACGAUUGAAAAUUGGAUAUUUCAAGUUCUCCAAA